UCCAGCUUAGGUCUCCGCAGUGUCUCAGACGCCGGCAAUUCAACCCGCUCGCCGCUCUCCAGCCAUGGACUCUCACGGCAAGUGUGGCUGCGACUUCUGCACUAACUUCAACAACUCCGGAGGACCAGAGAAGGAAGAAUCAUUUCAAGAUCCACAGCCUAGCUUGAGUUCACCAAUUUUGGCGGGCGCAGACUACGGGGGAAAUAGAGAAUUCGAUGCAAGUGCCUCCUCCAGUUUUGGAGCUGGCCAGAAGGAGGAAGACUUCUGCCACGACCUGGACUCUCAGAACAUCUUUGCCUCGACGUUUCUGGACGAAACAAACUACCAGGAAAACGAGGGAUUCAAACCGGCUAGUGAAGAACCAACCCUCCCUUUUGUCGAAACACCGCCAGCCUGGGAGGAGUUCGAAGCCCUUGAUUUUGAAGACGGCUUCCUGGAGGCCAACUCUCAGCUGGAGGAGGAGGCUGCUGCCCCCGAGCCGCAGCCCCAGCUGCAACCCUUGCAGCUGAAGCCCGCGAUGCAAGCGCUGCAAAAGCCCGUGCCGCUGCCCGUGCCGCAGGCCCCGCUGCCCGUGCCGCAGGCCCCGCUGCCCGUGCCGCAGGCCCCGCUGCUGGCCGCGCAGCAGCCCCCGCCGCAGGCGGCGCCGCAGCCCCCGCCGCAGGCCCCGCUGCAGCCCCCGCCGCAGCCCCCGCCGCAGCCCCCGCUGCAGCCCCCGCCGCAGCCCCCGCCGCAGCCCCCACCUCAACCAAGGCGCCGCCGCUACCGCAUCACCUUCACUGAGCUUCAGCUGCGGGAGCUGGAGGCCUCCUUCCAGCGUGUCCAGUACCCCGAUGUGUUUGCUAGAAUGGAACUUGCCCAACGCCUGGGUUUGCCUGAAUCCAGAGUGCAGAUUUGGUUCCAGAACAGAAGGACCAAGUGGAGACAACUUCAGCGGGCACAUUUUUGCAGGAGCAUGUUUCCAGUUGCCAUGAGUACCCCCGUGGGUCUAUACAUGGAUGAUCGUUAUGGCCCCAUCCCUAUCGUGGAGGUUAUUUGGAAAUAUCAACCUGUGGCACCCCAGCCAAUCCAUCCUCACAUGCUGCCUUUCCUACCCCUGGGUCCCCCACCAUUCAUGCCUAUGCCACCAAGGGGACGCCAUCCACGUCCAUUUCCCUGGCCACCUGGUCCACUUCAUGCUCCUAAUGUUCCCAAUGCUCCCAAUGCUCAAAAUGCUCCUAAUGCUCAAAUGCUCAAUGCAGGUAUGGGAUAUGUCCCCAACCCCAAUGGCCAGUUCUAAGGUCCUGAAAACUGAAGUCUCCAUCAGUUUUCCCAAAGUGUUUUCCAAUAAGAUUCCAAUAAGAUUUUCCCAAUAAGUGUAUUCCAUUAAGUGUUUUCCAAUAAGAUUCCGAUAAGUAUUUUCCAAUAAGUGUUUCCAAUAAGUGUAUUCCAGUAAGAUUUCCAGUAAGAUUCAUGCUGUUCAUAGACAUUGUUGAAAGUUACUUAUAAAAUACCUGUUAAGGGCUGGAGAGAUGGCUCAGAGGUUAAGAGCACUGGCUGCUCUUCCAGAAAUCCUGAGUUCAACUCCCGGCAACCACAUGGUGGCUCACAACCAUCUGUACUGAGAUCUGGCACCCUGCUCUGGCGUGCAGGCAUACA